CUCGUGUAUAGCGUGUACUGUAAGCCGGGUUUGAGUUGAUUCUGUGAUUCACUGAUACUGUCAUUAAUAGCAACAGUAGUGUUGAUACACGUGUUGUCCACAGACAAGACAUCGGAUAUGACUGCCAUUAACUACAAGACCCGUCAUCUGUGGUCUCGUUUGUUGUCGGAUGACUCGAGAGAGCGUCUGCUGAAGACAACAGUGCUCUUGUUGGCCGCCAUCCUCUCCUUCUCGUGUCGCCUGUUCUCAGUGUUGAGGUUUGAGUCAGUGAUCCAUGAGUUCGACCCGUACUUCAACUACAGGACCACUCGUUUCCUGACCGAAGAGGGGUUCUACAGCUUCUUGAAUUGGUUCGACGACAGGGCGUGGUAUCCGUUGGGGCGCAUCAUCGGUGGUACGAUAUAUCCGGGUCUGAUGGUGACGUCUGCGGUGCUAUACCACGGCCUCCAGUUCGUCAACAUUCCCGUCGACAUCCGCAAUGUGUGUGUCUUUCUGGCGCCACUCUUCUCGAGUUUCACAACAAUUGUCACCUAUUUGUUGACUAAAGAGCUGAGCGAUGAUGCGUCAGGUCUUGUGGCCGCAGCCAUGAUAUCCAUAGUUCCCGGAUAUAUAUCGCGAUCAGUGGCCGGUUCUUAUGACAACGAAGGCAUCGCCAUAUUCUGUAUGCUUUUGACUUACUAUUUGUGGAUCAAGUCCGUGAAGAGCGGCUCAGUGUACUGGUCCUCCCUGUGCUCUCUCGCCUACUUCUAUAUGGUGUCCUCGUGGGGCGGAUAUGUAUUCCUCAUUAACCUCAUCCCUCUCCACGUGUUGGCACUCAUAAUGACGGGUCGUUUCAGUCACCGGAUUUAUAUCGCGUACUCAACGGUGUACUGUUUGGGAACACUGUUGUCGAUGCAGAUCCCGUUCGUGGGCUUCCAACCCGUCACCUCCAGUGAACACAUGGCCGCCUUCGGGGUGUUUGGUUUGUGUCAACUCUACGCCUUCAAUGAAUACAUCAAAUCAAAGCUUUCGCAACACUUUUACGACAUUCUCUUCCGUUCAUUGGUUCUCUUGAUUGGGUUCGUGGCCCUCAGCGCCGGCGUAUUCCUCACAGUCAUCGGCAAGAUCAGCCCCUGGACGGGACGCUUCUACUCGCUUCUGGACCCGUCGUACGCCAAAAACAAUAUCCCAAUCAUCGCGUCCGUGUCUGAACACCAGCCCACGUCGUGGUCGUCCUUCUACUUCGACCUCCAACUGCUUGUAUUCCUGUUUCCGGUGGGACUGUACUUCUGUUUCAGUCGCUUAAGUGACGCCAAUAUCUUCAUAAUCCUUUAUGGCGUCACAAGUAUUUACUUCGCUGGAGUGAUGGUUCGGUUGAUGUUAGUGUUGGCGCCCGUCAUGUGUAUCCUCUCAGGUAUUGGUAUCUCACAAAUGCUGACCCGUUAUUGCAAGCAAUUGGAGACCACUUCCUCUACGACCAGCUCUAGUCUUAACACUAGUAGUGCUCACAAUCACAACCACUCGACCCAUUGGACGCACAGUCAGUCGACUGUAAGCUCAGGGCAAUCGUCGGAGAAGAAGGUGCGCCGACACGACACUAAUUAUGUGAUGCGUCAUGAGGUGGCCUCGAUGUUCGUGUUGGUCACGACUGGCCUCCUGCUGGCCUACACCUACCACUGCAUUUGGGUCACAUCAGAGGCCUACUCGUCGCCAUCGAUCGUGUUGUCUGCGCGCAGUCACGACGGCUCUCGCAUUAUAUUCGAUGACUUCCGGGAAGCCUACUAUUGGUUGAGACAAAACACUGCAGAAGACGCCAAAGUGAUGUCUUGGUGGGACUAUGGCUAUCAGAUAACAGCGAUGGCCAACCGUACCAUUCUUGUAGACAACAACACCUGGAAUAACACACAUAUAUCACGUGUGGGUCAGGCCAUGGCAUCGCCUGAAGAUAAGGCUUACGAGAUAAUGAGGGAACUGGACGUCAACUACGUUCUCGUCAUAUUUGGAGGUCUGACCGGCUAUUCCUCUGAUGACAUCAAUAAGUUCUUAUGGAUGGUCCGCAUCGGCGGCAGCACUGAUAAGGGAACUCAUAUUAAAGAGACCGACUAUUAUACGAGUUCUGGCGAAUUCCGAGUGGAUCGGGAGGGGUCCCCAACUCUACUCAAUUGUCUAAUGUAUAAAAUGUCAUAUUAUAGAUUCGGAUCCGUUUACACUGAAGGAGGCAAACCUCCGGGCUAUGACCGCGUCCGGGGCGCUGAGAUCGGCCACAAAGACUUCGAUCUCCAAGUAUUAGAAGAGGCCUACACUACAGAGCACUGGUUGGUCCGCAUCUAUAAAGUCAAAGACCUCCCCAAUCGAGGGGUUUAGCCACUGCUCAUCCGUGGCUUAACUCCUAGUCUUGAAUGGUAUUGACAUGAAAGGGACAAAAGUGUGGCAAAAGUGGGCCAAUCGUACUAUUUUUGAUUCAAACAUUUCAUUACUUUAUCUAAUUUUCUUAUGAAAGCAAUAUUAUGUAACAUAUUAUGAAUGAGUGGAUCCAUGGAUAGUAACAAUCGAUGGGUCUUAUGAUAAGUUGGGCUUAUUUUUAUUGAAACAAAUAAUACAAAUGUUGUCAUAAGACA